CGUUCGCUCUGUUUUGUGCCGCCAAACGUCGAAAAUCAGCUUAAAAAAAGCAACAAAAAUUAAUAGUUAGUUCGAAUUAAAGUUAAUUUCACGGCUAAUAACAAAUUUCUAGCCAACGGCAAAAUUUAGAAGCGGCUUUGUUGUUUUUCGGUUUUUUUCCGCCUUUUGCGUUUUCGUUUUGUUUUUGCGGCGCGUCGCUUGGCGUUUUUCCGUUCGUGUGUGUGUUGUGUGUGUGUUAGUUUUUGCUUUAAUAAAUUAUUAGUAAAUAAAAGAAAAGCAAGCAACAAACUGUGAAAUUUGUUAUUGCAGUCGCCCCACCAACAACAAGUCAAUUAAGCAACAAGUGGAGUAACCAGCAGUUAAGCAGUUGAAAAGUGAAACUUAUACAAAAAGUGUGACACGCAGAAAAAAAGUGAAGUGCAGAAACAACCCACGCACGCGAGGCUGUGCCCGGGUUUACCCAUUUCCUUUGCUAAUUAGUGCGCCACACAAAAGUCACGUGACAAAUGGGGGGCAAACGAUAGACAGCAAUUUCCAUUCACGCAACAGCAGAGGAACCUUUCUGCCGGAUACAGGCCUGUGCCCUACAGCGAGACACCGCCAUGUCGCUGCGAAGCAACAAGUUGCAGAGCCAGCAAUCGACGGCCAGCAAUGGGAGUGGCAACAGCAGUGGGAGUGGCAGCGGCACGGGGCAACAGUUGCAACAUCCGCCGAUGGCCUACCAGCAGCAGCAGCAACAACUGCUCGCACAACUGCAGCAGCAGCACAAAUUCCAGGCCCAGGCCCAGGCUCAGGCGCAUGGGAAGUACGGCCCCUCCCCUUCGCAGAUGGGUAGCAACACCAGUCGCAACAAUCUGGCCACACUGGUGGCGGCCAUCAAUGGCUCGCACGAUCCAACGGGGGCAGGUUCGCCCGGCGGUGGAGUCGGCUAUCAAUUAUCGCCGGCGGCUGCCUCACGGGUGGCCCAUGCACCGCCCCACUCGCCACUGGGUCCGCCCUCGUACAGUGCCGCCACCGCCCAGUCGGCCUUCACUUACUACGGCCAGCAUCCGGCAACGCAGCACCAGAUGCACCACUCCACAUACCACCCCCAGCAGCAACAGCAGCAGCAGCAGCAACAGCAGUCGCUGCCACCGCCCGAUCUCACGGAUGGCAUCGAUCUACCCGGAUCACAUGGAUCUCCGCCGGAUUCGCCCAGUGCCGCCGCUGCGGCGGAUCUCGAGCAGCAGCUGUGCGUCGUGGCCAAGAUGCAAAAGUCGGUGACCAUCACGGUGACGCCGCAGCGUAGCAACUCCAUGGAUUUCCUCAACUUUGAGGAGAAGCGCCAGCUGAUCGCCUCCUCGCUCUCCCUCUCCGACAUUCUGCACAGCAACAGUGGAGCCAACCAGCAGGCCAAGGAGGCAGCGGCGGCGGCGGGAAUGUCGAUCAAUGGGAGUCAGUGUGCUAAGAAACAGAAUGGAGCUGCCAUACGCACAAACAGCCUCGGUUCGGGCACCCGCACUCCGCCCCUGGAGCGGAAGAGCAAAUUGAGCGCCCUGGGACGCUUCUUCAAGCCCUGGAAGUGGCGUCGGAAAAAGAAGAGCGAAAAGUUUGAAGCGGCCUCCAAAUCUUUGGAGCGCAAGAUUUCUGUACGUGCCAAUCGGGAUGAGCUGGUGCAAAAGGGGAUACUGCUGCCGGAGAGUCCGCUGGGGAAUAUCCCGGAACCGGGCGAGGAGUCGUACUACAACAAUGGAGGAGGAGGUGGAGCCACCGCCAAUGGCUCUUUACUCAGCUCAGCCGUCCACAAUAAUUCCAUGAAUCAGGCCAAUAAUUCCAUAAAUGCCACCACCUAUGGCACGGCAGGGAAUCCCCUCAUUUCCGCCAGCCAGCAGCAGCAGCAACAGCAGUUGCAACAGCAACAACAACAGCAGCAUGGUCUUCCCAAUUCGAUUUCCGUGCAACAGUUCAACGGAGGAGCCGGCGGCCAGCCGCAGAAUUCCAUGGCCAAUGGCUGCCUCAUUGGUGGUGGUGGUGGCGGCGGAGGAGGUGGAGGAGCAGGUGGUGGUGGGGAUGGCUCGUCGGACACAUCCUCAUUGAGUGGCGGUGUGCCCCAUUCGCAGUCGGCGCCACAGCAAUUGGGCGUGGGCCAGCAGCAGCCGCCGCCGCCAUUGACACCGCUGGCGCAGCAUCAUCAGGCGCUGGCACAGCAGCUGCAGCAGCGAUUCGCCAUCAGCAAUAAUAAUGGUGAGUUUCAAGUUCAGAGCCGAAACGCUGUCAAUCUUAAGCGAAGCAAUGGAAUUAGACUACAAAAACCAAGAAAAGACAAGACUGAUGCACAACAACAACAACAGCAACAUGGUGGCAACGGCACAAUAUCCACUCCCAACAUCGAGCAGCCGCAAUGUCAGGGUUCCAUGCUACCGCCACCAGGAGGCGGCGGCGGCGGUGGUGGCCAUCACCAGGUGGAUGGAAAAAUGGAGAGGCCCAACACAUUGGGCGGCGCCAAUAAGCUGACCCGCCGAGGGGUCAACAUUUGCUACCACAACGAGCACAUGUAUGGCGACGAUGGCGGCAAGAUGGUAGGCGGUCCACCGGGCAGUACACCACCGCCAUAUGCGGGCGGGAAGCUGCCACCGGGUGUGAUGCUCAGCGAACUGCCAGAGCCACCGAUACCGUUGUCGGAGAUCGGACCGAUCCCACCGCCGCCAAUGUUCUCCACGCCGAGCCCCACGCUCAUCGCUGGACGACCGCACGGGCCAGGCGCCAUACACGAUCAGGACUACCAGCAGGACUAUGACUAUGAUGAUCACGAUCCCGAUCAGGAUGAACUCGAUUCGGACGAUGAGUAUGCCCCAUACGGUGGCGGCAAUCAUGUCCGCAUGAUGGACACCCAACGCGUUGAGGAAAUUCCAGCCAAAGAGCCAAAGCCAAAUGCAGUUCCUCUCAAAUCGGCCCUCAAGAAGAAGGGCGGCGCCCUGCCUGCCUCCGCCUCUACGCCCGUGACACCCACCCAGGAGCACCAUCAUGGGGGUGGACCAGGUGGCGGCCAAAGUGCAGCCACAGCAGCGGCCAUAUCCAAUAGCAAUGGUGGCAUUGGCUCCAUGGCAGCAGCAGCCGCAGCAGCGGCCCAACAAUCGGCCAGUCAGCGACCUCUGGUGGUGCGACAGGAUGCGGCAGGGAAUAACUAUUCGCUCAAGCCAAUACUACGACCACGGAUUAGAAUAUGCAGGCAGCAAAUGUUCAACAUCCAGUUGCCGUGCACCGUGGAGAACAAGGAGAACACUCGGCCCUCACAUGUGAUACGGGAGAGCAGCAGCGACAGCGACGAGGGCGAUGGUCAUAUCGUCUAUCGCGAUGACGACAAUGAUAAUGUCCGUUUGGCCAAGCUGGCACGCAAGGAGUCGCUGUCUUUGAAGCUGCAACUGCGACCGGAUAAACAGGAUCUGAUCAAUCGCAAUAUCCUGCACCAGGUCACCGACAACGAGAUCAAAGAGUCCAAGGAGGCGAUCGGAGCUCGUCUCAUACGACGGCUAUCGAUGCGGCCCACCGCCGAAGAGCUGGUCGAGCGUAAUAUCUUGAAAACUCAAUCACCCGCCGAGGAGAAGAAACAAAAGGAGGAGAAAAAAUCGUAUCUGCUGCGGAAGCUCAGUUUUCGGCCCACCGUUGAGGAGCUCAAGGAGAAGAAGAUCAUUCGGUUCAAUGACUACAUCGAGGUGACGCAGGCCCACGACUAUGAUCGCAGGGCGGAUAAGCCAUGGACAAGACUGACGCCAAAGGACAAGGCCGCCAUACGCAAGGAGCUGAACGAGUUUAAGUCCUCCGAAAUGGCCGUCCACGAGGGCAGUCGGCAUUUGACGAGAUUCCAUAGGCCAUGACGAUUGCAAUGGCAGCAACUUUCCAGCAAAUUGCAACAGAAGCAACCCAAGAAGAAACAACAAUUGUAUUUUAUGCAACAUCAAAUUGUCAGCAAAUAUUUAAAGGCAACCAAUUAAGAGAGCAGAAAAAAAAACAGUUUUUCUCCCAGAUAGAAAAUUCAAAUAAAAUAUACAAAAAAAAAAAAGGAAGAAAAGAAAAGGGAAACAAAGGAAGAAAAAUGAAAAGAGGAAAGAAAAGAGGAGAGUCCACAUUCAAGAACAUAAUUUAGGUUUUGAGAGAGCGCGCGUUCCGCUCUCCGUUUUCUAAUUCUAAGUUCUUUAUGUUUUUGUUCCACCUAUUUUCUCUAUUUGUUAAUUAUAUUAAUUGUAAAUAAAUUUUCAUUUGAUAUUCAAGCCAAUUUUGUCAAGAUAAACGUUAAUCAAAAUACCGAUAUGUCGAUUCGUUGUGUAGAAAAAUGUUAAGUCGCUUUUGUCAGCGCCCAACCAUCGCGCUGAAGGCACAUUAUGUAUUAUAUUAUAUAAAAAACAAAAAACAAAAAAACGAGAGAAAACACACACAUACAAAAAGAUAUUAAAUUUAAAUGGUAGAGUCCCAAAAAAUGAUGGCUGAGAGAGGGAGAUAAAAAUUCACUAAAGUUUAGGCCUUAAUUUACAAUUACUGUUGCUUUCCAUACAUUUUUAAACAAAACUUUGAUUUAAGCCACACACACAAAAAUAAAACAAAAAUAUAAAACACAAAAAAUAAGGUAAACUAUAACCCGGAAAUGAGAGAAUUCUAAACCGUUAAUUUUUAAAAAACUAUGAUUAUUAAUUAUUGUAAAAAGCUUAAACUUAAAAACGAAAAACAACACAUUAAAAUAUAGAAGAAGACUACCACAUAACGAUACGAUACGAUACGGAAAAAUAAAUGCAAGUUUUUCGAAAA